GCGUUAAUAUAAUUUAUUUAUUAAAACCUUAUACAUUAUUUAUAUUUAGGAAAGACAACGAUAAAAUAGAAAGGAUAAAACUGCUUAGAGAAUCGUCCAGAAGAGUUAAUUUGGGAGCUGAAACUUUACCAUCAAUAUGCAGUUAUACGUUAUUAAAUGCAAAUCAUAAUGUAUCCAGUGCUGAAGUGGCCGAAGAUUCCAGUAUGUUAGCUGUUGGAAUGGCGGAUGCAUCAAUAAAAGUAUACACAUUAAUUCCACAAAAAUUAAGAUCGAUGAAAAGCGCCGAUCAACUUCAAGAUAUCAAUAUCGACGCGGAUGAUGUUCUCGUUCGAAUGAUGGAUCAAAGAUCUGGGGAAUCUUCCAGAACGAUGUUUGGCCAUUCCGGCGCUGUAUAUUCCCUGGCGUUUUCACCAGAUCGUUCUCUUUUAUUGAGUUGUUCUGAGGAUACCACAAUCCGUUUGUGGAGUCUUCAAAUUUGGAAUUGUGUUGUUGUUUAUAAAGGUCAUAUGUACCCGGUUUGGAACGUUCGAUUUUCACCGAUGGGUUAUUAUUUUGCAACGUGUUCUAAUGAUAGAACAGCGAGAUUAUGGGCNGACCUGUCUGUCCUAUGUACAUCAUCUUCAGGAACAAUAGCCACGUCGGUUUCACUCUUAGUUUUCAUAAUCUGA